AUGGCUGUGAACAUACUGGUGGCGUCCAUGACCCUCAUACGGAGUAGUCCUUCAUUCCUAACAACCUUGGGCGCUUUGAUCUUUAUUGGUCUACAUCAUACUCAACGUCGGUCUCUACGGCACGUCCUGAUCAUUAACCUCAUGGUAGCUGGUAAGGUGAAGUCACGAACUCGGCCAAUAACACUGUCUCGGAGACUAUCUACAUCAGGGACAAAAGAUUACAACGCGCGCGUCCUGGACGGCGUGGUUGGUCAGCGCUCGGUGCAAGCAUCCGACUUCUCCAUCCUCGCUAUCGCUAUAGCCACACUUCUGGUGAUAAGACGGGAAGCGAAUAUGGCGGACGGCUCGUCACUUGAGAAGUUAUCCAUCUGCUGCUGCGUGUGGGUCGUUCCCAUUACUAACAGCGCCUUGGCUGCUGGAAUGGGCGUGAUGGAGCCGGUCAGCGGGAACUGGUGCUGGAUCACACGGGACCGGCCUGACCUUCGAUUUGCCCUCGCCCAUGUCUGGCGUCUGUGGAUCAUGUUCACUACGGUUUGCGUCUACGCUUUCGUCUGGCGGUAUCUCAGCCAACAUCUGCGCGCCACCGCGAGUACAUCCUGGCUUUCAUGUGAUGCUGAAUCAUCGACAGUACGCAUGACGACGGCUUUGACCCAUCAGUCCUCCAACAAACCUAGCCACCACUUCAGCAAAAUGAGGCUCACAGGCGUUUUAGCGUUUUGCGCCACGGUCUAUGGCAUGGCCAUCUCAAAUGUACCGAAUGGAACUGAGAAUGAGAUCUCCAUCCCUCAAGACGACAGCACAGCUGCGACGCACGAGGAUCAUUUCAGUGCAAGUGGGAUAUUCUCACGAGACCAGAGUAAGGCCUGGCGAGAGCCCGAGAAGGUUGUGGGACGCCCACUUGAAACAACAAGUAUUACUACUUUAUGUCUUAUAAACCGGCCUAUCGCAAUCAUCGCCACACACGGGAGCCUUACCCGAAGUAUGUGGUGGACUGGACCGACUGUGUCCAUGUCGGCCUAG